UGGACCAGUAGUUCGUGGAACAAAGCAAGAUGGUGAGGACCCACCUCUGCCAACCACCCCCAUUAGCUUAGUUUCACAAAAUAUUGUUUGAGCAUAUAUUUUUUUUCUUUCCUUUUUUCUCGAUCAUGAGGUUGGCAAGAUACAGCUUUCAGGCUCCUUGGGAAGUCAAUAGAUAAGAAAGAAGCAGACUCCAGCUGGGAGACGGAGAGGAAGAAGGAGGAGGAGGAGGGAUGGCGAACAAAUUGAAAAUGUUCCGAAACACCAAUCAGACGCAGAGAUUCAGAUUCGUGGUGCUUGUAAUAGGAUGCUUGGUUGUCUCCAUGACCUUCAUAAUGAUCUCCAGGCCUCUCGAUUUUCCCAGUUUUGGUUUGAAGAUUAGAAGAGCAGGACCAUCAGAUGUGGAAGGAGAGAAAAUAGCUCCUACUCUGAGAGAUGACGAUCAGUCUUCUAAGGAAUCAGAAAAAUACCAAGAGGAGAAUGAUCUCCAAGGGAAGAAGGUGGAUUCCAUCACUGAUCCAAACAAGGAUGAGAAACCGGAAACUGACGAAGCAUUCGAGAGCACGAGUGAAACAGAGGAGGAAGGCACAAAGAAUGGGGGCAACUCGGAUCAGGAUGAAUCACACAGUAGAAUGACCUUACCAACAAUUUCAAAUUACACCAUUAAUGAUCUUGCUCAGGUGGAGAACAAGACCACGACACCCGAGCAACCAGCAGCGCAAGAAAUCACGAAUAAUGUGGAGAAGAAACUUUCGUGCGAAUUCUCCGACCCUCGAGCCGACGUAUGCGAAAUGUCCGGCGACAUCCGCAUCCCCGGCAACUCCUCGGACGUCCUCUUCGUCGACUCGAACGAGCGCAACGAGGAGUUCCGGUUCCGCCCCUACGCCCGCAAGGGCGACGCCGCCGCCUUCAGCCGCGUUCGCGAGCUGACUGUCAAAGCCGCCGGCACCACGGCGCCGCAAUGCACCGUGACGCAUGCCGUCCCGGCAGUCGUCUUCUCCGCCGGCGGAUACACCGGCAACCUCUUCCACGACUUCACCGACGUGCUGAUCCCGCUCUUCCUCGCCUCCCGCCACGUUCACGGCGAGGUCCAGUUCGUGGUCAGCGACAUGAACCCCUGGUGGGUCUACCGCUACCUCCCUGUGUUCCAGAAGCUCUCCAAGUUUCCGGUGAUCGACUUCGACAAGGACAAAGAGGUGCACUGCUUCAGCAAGGCCGUCGUCGGGCUCCGGGCGCACAAGGAGCUCAGCAUCGACCCUGCGCGCGCCCCCAAUGGCUACUCCAUGGUCGACUUCGCCAAGUUCCUAAGAGAAGCCUUCUCCUUGGAGAGAGACUCCAUUUCCAACAUCGAAGACCUCGCCGGGAAAAAACCCAGAAUUCUCAUCAUAGCAAGGAAACAAUCCCGGGCAUUCACAAAUCCACACGAAAUAGCUGAAUUGGCGGACCAGUUAGGAUUCGAAGUGACCGUCAACGACGGCGAGGUGGGCUCCGACGUGGCCCAAUUCGCUCGGCUGGUGAACUCGAUGGACGUGAUGGUCGGCGUGCACGGCUCCGGGCUCACCAACCUCCUCUUCCUGCCGCCCAACGCGACGGUGAUCCAGGUGGUGCCUUGGGGAGGCCUCGAGUGGAUGUCGAUGCUGGAUUUCGGGGAUCCGGCCAAGGAUAUGAAGCUCAACUACGUACAGUACAGCAUCGGCAUAGAGGAGAGCAGCUUGAUCGAGCAGUAUCCGAAGGAUCACCCGGUGUUCAAGGAUCCCAUGUCCAUCCACAAGCAAGGAUAUCCCGUGAUGAGAUCCACCUUCAUGGACAACCAGAAUGUGAAGAUCGACAUAAAAAAGUUCAAGAUCGUGCUGUGGAAAGCACUGGAGCACAUCAUCCAAUAGGUAGCAGAAGUCAUGCUGAGGCAAUUUGUUUUUUAUUUUAUUUGAUCAGUUUAAUUAUUUUCUUGUCAACUGAUAAUGCUUCAGAGUUUUUAAGAGCUUCUGUAAUUAAAUUAAAGUGGUGAUGACUCUGGUGUCAGAAUGGCAUAUAGAUUCAAACACUUUUACAUGAUAGGGAGAUCUCCAUUUUUCGUGGUUAA